CCAGCACCCAGAAUAGCCCGUGCCCCCUCCCCCCGACAGCGCCCGCAGAUCGAGCCCCAUCCCCACCGCGGGUGCUUUGUUCCAAAGCCGCUUGGCAUCGCCGCCGGCAUCCCGCCCACCCGCUCCCGGACACGCGGCGAUUGUCCCCUGCUGUCCCCUCCCCGGCCGCCUCCGAGCGUGAGGUGCUGCUGGGUGCCUCCCCCCUUCCCCUAGGCAGCCCCCAGCCGGGGGUCCGGCCACCCCCAGCCCAGGGGUCGGGGACACCUGGCCGUACCCCGCAGGAAACCCCAUGUCCCCCAGGCCAUGGCAUCGCCGGACAGAGCGAGCGGCCCCAGAGAGCCGCAGCUCAGCAUCACCCUGACCCUCCGCAUGCUGAUGCACGGCAAGGAGAUCGGCAGCAUCAUCGGCAAGAAAGGAGAGACGGUAAAGAGGAUACGGGAGCAGAGCAGCGCGCGCAUCACCAUCUCGGAGGGCUCCUGCCCCGAGCGCAUCACCACCAUCACCGGCUCCACCGACGCCGUCUUCCGCGCCGUCUCCAUGAUAGCCUUCAAGCUGGAGGAGGACCUGGGGGACGGGACAGCGGCAGGGAGGACACCGGUGACGCUGCGUCUUGUCAUCCCGGCCAGCCAGUGCGGCUCGCUCAUCGGCAAGGCGGGCACCAAGAUCAGGGAGAUCCGGGAGAGCUCAGGGGCUCAGGUGCAGGUGGCUGGCGACCUGCUGCCCAACUCCACAGAGCGCGCCGUCACCGUCUCGGGGGUGCCGGACACCAUCAUCCAGUGUGUGAGGCAGAUCUGUGCCGUCAUCCUGGAGUCGCCUCCUAAGGGGGCCACCAUCCCCUACCACCCUGGGCUCUCCCUGGGCACCAUUCUGCUCUCUGCCAAUCAGGGUUUCUCCAUGCAGGGGCAAUACAGCGGGGUCUCUCCGGCGGAAGUCACAAAACUGCAGCAAAUGUCGGGGCACACCGUCCCCUUCCCACCACUGGGCCACCCACCCUCCAUGGUUCCAGGGCUGGACUCAAACUCCCAAAGCAGCUCCCAGGAGUUCCUGGUGCCCAAUGAUCUGAUCGGCUGCAUCAUCGGCCGGCACGGCAGCAAGAUCAGUGAGAUCCGGCAGAUGUCGGGCGCCCACAUCAAGAUUGGGAACCAGACCGAGGGCUCCAGUGAGCGGCACAUCACCAUCACAGGGUCCCCCGUCAGCAUCACGCUGGCUCAGUACCUCAUCACCACCUGCUUAGAGACGGCCAAAUCUACCUCCCAGGUGCCACUCGGCCCUGGCUCCGUGGAUCUCGGUGUGGGCUUCUCGCAGCCGCUCGCUCCGGGCUCCAGCGCAGCGCUGCCUGCUGUCCCUGCCACCCCCCCGGCUCUGCUGGGCACCCCCUACGCCCUCUCUCUCUCCAACUUCAUCGGCCUGAAGCCGCUCUCCUUCCUGGCGCUGUCCCCAUCCUCUGCGGCAGGUGCCAAUGGUGGCACUGCCACCUACACGACCAAGAUCUCGGCGGCCAACGGCACCAAGAAAGCUGACCGGCAGAAGUUCUCACCCUACUGAGCCCCUCUGUGGGUGAACAAGGGAGGUCCUGGUGCCACCUGGUGCCAAGGACACCUCUUGUCCUCCAUCCCUCCCCGAGUCCUCCCCCAUACCAAGCAUACCAUGCCCAGGGGAGGGGGGCCCAGAGGUGAUGGCCUCUGGAGCAAAAAGAUUUGCUCCAAUGCCCAUCUUGGCAGCACUGUGUCCCCUCUCCCCCCCCAAACUUGCUAUGGUAUGGGUAGGAGGGCUGUCCCUGCUGGGAGGGGGGAUAUCCUCCCACUUCCUGGUGUCCCUUGUCCCUACCCUUGCCCACACUGCUGUCCCUCUCCUGCCAUCCCCAACCCUCUGGGCUGAACCCCAGAGCUGCUGAGGGGCUGCCUGGCCUCUAUGGUGUUCCCCCAUCCCCUGGCUGUGUCAGGGGGACUUUCCCCUGGGCAGUCACCUCCCUCCCAGCAACACCCCCAAAAGCCUGCUGGCUUGGAAACGCUGUAUAUAUAAGUCUAUAUUUUUCCUCCUUUGUAACUUAUCAAUGGUUUAAUAAAAAGAUCAAAUUUA